UGUAUGUUGGAGAGGGCAGCCAGUGUACGAGUAUGUGUGUGUGUGCGUGAAUGUGUGUGUAUGAGGGGCAGAAAGAAAGAGAGAGAGAAGAGGGAGAGGAACAUGGAUACGAGAUCGGGCGUGAGUUUUAGACUAGUCCAGGUCCUGCACUGAAGUCCCUGCUCCGGAUCAAGCAUUGAACCGGGAUUAUUAUGCCCAGCGCCACCGUGUCCGUGCGAAGUUUAUCCGAAGUAGAGAAAUACCUCGGCAGCCGGAUGGACCAGAGUACUGAGGGGAGUUUUCUGAGCCCCCCUGGGUCCAUGCGUCGAGGUUCUUCAGAGAACAAUCUGGAACUGGACCUGUGCGAUGGAGGUCCUAAGCCUACUCCGGGGUGUGAGGUCCAGCGGAGUCGGUCUUGCAUGGACAACCUCCAGCAGAAGAUCCUUAAAGUCACAGAGCAGCUGAAGAUCGAGCAGACGGCGAAGGAGGAGAACGUGGCUGAGUAUCUGAAGCUGGUGAACAGUGCGGACAAGCUGCAGGUGGGUCGUAUCAAGCAGGUGUUUGAGAAGAAGAACCAGAAGUCGGCUCAGAACAUCGCCCAGAUGCAGAAGAAACUGGAGCAGUAUCAUAAAAAGAUGAAGGACAGUGAGGUCCACCAUAGCCCUUCACAUCAUACGUCCACCGUCAAACACAGCACCAUCCCCAGGGAGUCCACCAGAGAGCUGCUGAAGGACAUGACAGGCUCAGGCAGACACCCGACCAUGGACAAGAUCAAAACCAUCGGACCAGGAGUUUCCCUCUCUCCUCCUUUCUUCUUCAGCAAACCCAGAGAGUUCGCCAACAUCAUCAGGAACAAGUUCGGCAGUGCAGAUAACAUCGCCCACCUCAAGACCAGCCUAGACUCCGCCGCACAGCUGCCCACAGACGGUGCAGGAAAAGGGCUGAGCAGCAGCACCUCCAUGGUGGGUAAGCCCAAGUACCCAAGCGAUGACGAGUGCUCCUCGGGGAGUGCAUCCAUUUCAGCGGACAGUAACGGAAACCCAGCAGGGCAGGUGCCGGGUACAGGCCAGGGCCAGCAGCAGGCUGGGGGGGACACCCAGAGCAGACUGGCCCUGAACCUGGAGGAGGUGAAGGAGAUCAAAGAGGCCCAGAACCAACUGGAGGAAGACAUGGAGGAGCUUAAGACUCAAUUCAAGAGAGAGUUUGGAAUUGUGAGCCAAGCACUGCAGGAGGAGAGAUACAGGUUUGAACGUUUGGAGGACCAAUUGAAUGACUUGACAGAGCUUCACCAACAUGAGAUGACCAAUCUGAAGCAGGAACUGGCCAGCAUCGAGGAGAGGGUGACAUAUCAGGCUCACGAGAGGGCGCGGGACAUACAGGAGGCUCUGGAGUCGUGCCAGACACGAGUGUCCAAGCUGGAGCUCCAGCAGCAGCAGCAGCAGACGGUGCAGCUCGAGAGCCGUGACGCCCGCGUCCUGCUGGGGAAGAGCAUCAACAUCAUGCUGGCCAUCAUCACCGUCAUCUUGGUGUGCGUCUCCACUGCUGCCAAGUUUGCCGCUCCGCUGAUGAAGAGCCGGCACCAUGUGGUCGCCACCAUCCUGGGAGUUUGUUUUUUGACCAUAUUCUGGAAGAACUGGGACCGUUUACAGUAUGCCUUAGAUCGCCUGCUGGUGCCUGAUUGAUCGUGAACAGUGCAUGUGUAAAACAACAUGGCCGAAACAUGGGCGCUGUAAGGUGUCAGGAAAGGACUGUCUGAGAGGAUUGGUUGUACAAUCGUCAUAAGACACGAUCGCCAUGCAUUUACAGAGGUCGUUGUUUUUUAAAGUCAGACUGAAAUUACUUUUGGUGAUUUUUCUCUUGUCUAGAACUUGAAUGUGAGUUGCUAAAAAUUUUCAUUAACCUUUAAAAUAAUAUUUAUAUAACAGUUAAUGUUCUUAGGCCCCUGUUCAUUACUAUGAAAUCAUCUCAAAAAGUAAAUUUAAGAGAAGUUAAAUUAAAAAAAAAUUGCCUUAUCACUACAAUGCAGCGAAAAAGAACUCAAUACAUGAGAAUUUGGUAAAUUAAUAUUCAGUAUGUUCUCAUGCAGGGUCAACUUGACUUGAUUAUUUCUCAAAUGUUUGCAUGUGAAUGCACACACAAACAAAACCUCAUGCAUGGUGUCUCAUAGCUUUGACACGCUGAAGCUCUAAAGGUGUUGUUCAGUGGAUUUUGUUACCUUUGCACAAAACAGGCGAACUGUUUCCUUUUGUUUGUAGCCUUUGUGCUAAACGAAGCCAACUAGCUUCUGGUUCAGCUUUGUAUGAAGCAUAUGCACACAAAAGUGGUAUCAAUCUUCUUUUCUAACACUGAGAAAAACACAUUAACACAAUCCACUAAAUGUUGAACUAUUCCUUUAAUGUCCAGACUGCAGCACAGAGGCAGGCGACAUCCUGCGUUUUUAAUGUUUAUCCUCUCUCUCUUCUUUAAUGCCUUGUCAUUCCCUGUGGUCAGUCAUCUCUGUACGUUUCUCUGUUUACUGUUCCUUUAAGUUUUAAGUGCAAUAUCUUUGAUUUGUGAGAGCACUGUUUUUAAAAUGUUUUGUUUCGGAGAGAGCCUUUGACGUCAAUGUUUUACAGCAGCAUGGUGCUGGUGCUGGGGGCGCAGGAGGGGGUGGGGGGUGGGUGAGGAUGUGUCAGUACUGUUUGGCCUGAGAGAUCCAUAACCACUGAAGCCACUGCUUGGCUCUGAUAAGACCAGCUGUCUCCUCUCUCAAGGGCCAAAAUUCAUUCCCACUGCAUUAGCUUGCAGUUAGCGUGCUAAUAUCCACACUCACACACACAGACACACACACAGACACACACACACACACACGUUCUCCAGAGUGGAUGUCUGCACGCACACACCCAGAACAACACAACAGCAGAGUCUCUUUUUAUGUCUUAUGUCAUUUUUUUUUUUUUACUAAUAAUGUGAUUGAGAAGUGAUGGAUCAUACUGUGAUACAAGGCCUUUAACCAAGGAAAAAUGCAAUUUCCUUUCCUGAAAGGAGCAACAAACAGCCUUCAGUGCUCUGAUGAUGAAAGAGGAGCACAACACAGGCUCGGCGUGAUGAACUACGAGCCUUUUUUUUGGACUGACUAAUGUAUUUCUUGUUUUUUGUCUUAUGAACAUUGCCUUUCUGGCUCUCAUGUGAAGCUACAGCCCACUUUUUAAUGUUUGUCUGCCAUAAAACCAUGUAUGUUGUCUCUCUUUUGUCCUACUGACUGUAUUAUGAUAUUCUGUUCCUGUUUUGACUUACUGGAGGAACCUGCAGAACUACAGAUCAGGUUUACAUUCUCUUUCUUUCUCUGGUGCACUAUGUGAUCAAUCAGUUGUAAAUUCAUGCAUUACGUGCCUUUGUCUGACAGUUUCUGUUAAAUUAAACACGUCUUUUUAAUCAA